UUGUCUGUUCUAAUCAUGGUAAAGGAAACCGGAUCGUACCGGCCAGUUGAACCGGUAAAACCGGAAAUCGGCGCCUGGCCGAUACGAUACACGGUUUGUAGCGAAAGAAAUGUUUCGGUCGGUUUUACAGGUAAAACUGGUUCAACUCAAAAAACCGCCCGGUUUUGGUCUAACCGGGGGUGAGCUGAUAAGGAGGACACGGCGCCGUUUUGCAUUCAGGAAAAAAAAAAAAAGAAAUCGGCCGAAGCCUAAAAGGAAAACCCUAAAUCAUCGGGCCGCUUCGUUGCUGCUGCUGCCCACGCGAAUUCUCUUCUGCUCGACCCUCCCUCCUCUGCUCGACGACCGGCGACCCUCCCUCCUCUGCUCGACGAUCGGCGAUCCUCCCUCCUCUGCUCGACGACCGGCGAUCGUCUCCGGCACCGGCACGCGUGCCCCUCCCCUGCUCAAGAAGAACACGAGCGGCGACCCUCCCUCCUCUGCUCGACGAGCGGCGAUCCUCCCUCCUCUGCUCGACGACCGGCCAUCGUCUCCGGCACCGGCUCGCGCGCCCCUCCCUUGCUGAAGAAGAACACGGCGGCAGCAAGUAAAGGAAACCCUGAACUGAUCGAGAUAUCAAUGUUGGACUGGUCUUCAACUGUAUAUAUAUAGUAUAUUGAUUCUCCAAACCAAAGACACUAUGAUUUUUAGUCUGAUUAGUAGACUGAGUUCCUUAUCUAUAAGUGUCGAGGCUUUGUUGUGCUUCCUUAUCUAUAAUUGUUCCUUAUCCACAUAUAUUUUUAGACUGAUGUCGAGGCUUUGUUGUGCUUUCUUUCACGGUAUGAUUUGUAAAUCAUGUGACCAUUACUUAAUAAAACUGAUUAAUAGAC